UAAUCAUCACAUUCACCACGUGGCCAUCAGGGACAAAUGCCACGCCGUAGCCAACUCAAAAUCAUCAUCCAAAAAGUCCACAUUCCCUAUUCAACCAAAAGAGAGAAAAGCAAUCAAAAUUCAAAGCGUUUGGAAGCAGAAGCAGCAGCGACUCAAAGAAAAUGACCACGCUCCAAUUCCAUUCCCAAUCCCGAUUCGAAUCCGAUAUCCGGUUCGCUUCCUCCACUUCCUGCAGUUUCCGUCCUAGACGGAACUUCACCCUCCCUCGUCGGUUUCGCCCUCGCCCUCCAUCUCUCCACUCUCAUUCCUCCACCUCUUUACGGCCACUCCCAAGAGCUUUCUCCAACGAUCCUGCCGUUACCGAAAAGCCUUCUAUUUGUACAGCCGACGAGCUCCACUAUGUGCCUCUACCUAAUUCUGAUUGGCGCCUUGCCCUCUGGCGUUAUCACCCUCCUCCUCAGGCGCCACCUAGAAAUCACCCUCUAUUAUUAUUAUCUGGACUGGGGACUAAUGCCAUUGGGUAUGAUCUUUCUCCUGAGUCUUCAUUUGCGAGAUACAUGUCUGGCCAAGGAUUUGACACAUGGAUUCUUGAGUUUCGUGGUGCUGGGCUGAGUGUGCAGGCAUCAAAUUUGAAAGAACUUAAGCAAUCUGCUGAUGCAGUAUCUGAGCAGAUUGAAGCUAUAGCUAAGAGUGUGGCAAAUGAAGUGUCUCCUCAGAAGCAGCCAACCGGUGUUUCUGGUUACCUAUCCGAUUCUGAGUUUUAUUUUCUUAGAGAAGAUUCAAUAGGGAUUGGAACGGCAUGGGAUGAAGCAAAAUUGGUUGCAGAGUUAACAGAAAUUUUCAUGCGUUUGUCUGAGAGACUUUCUGGCUUUCUUAGUGAAAGUCAAUCAAGACUAAUAUCAACUAAACUAUUAGAUCAGAUAUCAAAACUUUUGGAAGAUUCUCAAUUAUCUGAACGCUUUGAGGAGGUGAGGAUAAAGCUCGCCAACAUAUUAGAAAAACAACAAAACUCAGUUAUUGCCAGCCAAAUUAGAGAUCUGAGUCAAAGACUUGUAAAUAUUAUUGAGGGAGGCCAACGAUCUGUUUCACCUCAGUUCAUUGAUAUUCAAGAGAGGCUUUCUUCAACAAUAGAAGAUUUUCAGAAACAACUUGACUUGAUUGUGAAGUAUGAUUGGGAUUUUGAUCACUAUUUGGAGGAGGAUGUUCCUGCUGCGAUGGAAUACAUAAGGGCACAGACAAAGCCAAAGGAUGGAAAACUGCUUGCAAUUGGUCACUCAAUGGGAGGCAUAUUGCUUUAUGCAAUGCUAUCACGGUGUGGUUCUGAAGGAAGGGAACCAAGACUUAAGGCUGUUGUAACUAUGGCAUCGGCACUUGAUUACAGAUGCUCAAAGCCACUCAAAGUACUCUUACCUCUUGCAGAUCCUGCCCAAGCACUUAAUGUCCCUGCUGUUCCAUUUGGAACAUUACUGGCAGCUGCUUAUCCUCUAGCUUCUCGGCCUCCUUAUGUAUUGGGUUGGCUUAAUGAUCUAAUAUCAGCAGAGGACAUGAUGCAUCCAGAGUUGCUAGAAAAGCUCGUCUUAAAUAAUUUCUGUACCAUACCAACUAAGCUUAUUAUGCAGCUCACAUCAGCAUUCGGAGACAAGGGGUUAUGCAAUAGAAGUGGUAAACUUUCCUACAGGGAUCACCUAAAUAAAAGCAAUGUCCCUGUCCUGGCUAUUGCAGGAGAUCAAGAUCUGAUUUGCCCACCCGAAGCUGUAGGGGAAACUGCGAAGCUUUUUCCGGAGAAUUUGGUAACCUAUAAACUUUUUGGAGAACCUCAUGGCCCCCAUUAUGCACACUAUGAUUUGGUGGGAGGACGAUUGGCUAUGGAGCAAGUUUACCCAUGUAUCGUCCAGUUUCUUAGUCAAUAUGAUUUAACAUCAUUGCAAAAGCUUUUGUGAGGCAACCAUUCAUUUUUUUUUCCCAAUGGUGGUUAAAAUAUGAGCUCUUUUGGUGGCAGCAUCAGAUUUAUACCAGCCACAGCUAUUGUUAUGUGAUUGAUCAUUUCCGUGGAGGCAUUGGUAGGGCUUACGUUACUCAGAUUCAGGUUUGAGUUUUGGACAAGGGUAUGUCUCAGGUAUGGAUAUGUAUAAAUUUUUAUUUGGAAAGUCUUCGUAAGGUAAUAUUAUAUAUUCAUGUCCAAAUGUCAAUCUUCAAGAACUGAAUUUUAUACUAAUGCUUGCAAUAGGUCCAUUGUUGAAUUGUUUAUGGAAGAUUAGGGUCAUGGAAAUUGUCAGUUUGACACAUGUAAACCAUCCAACGGUGCAUGUGUUGUGAUAUUGUUGAAUUUGAUUAGCAUUGUUUUGGAAAAGUUUAGUUGUCAACUGUAAUGAUGGUGGGAAAGACUUGUUGAAAACUGAACGUAGCCUCUUUGUUUCUUGGUGUGGAAAAAGUAAUUAAAAUUCAUUAUAUGCUAAA